AUGGUAAUUAACAACGACAUGCAUCCGCCUCCAGCUCCGCCGCCGUACAAUCCACAAAACAAAAAUUCAAAUUCAAAGGCCUCCGUGACGUACGACGGAGCAACGGGCAGCAACCACCAUAAACGAAACCAACAUAGCCGCGAGCUACAGCAAGUGAAGAUCAACGAUAUAGUGGGUAAUGGGAUUUGUGGGCUUUUGUAUAAAUGGGUUAAUUAUGGAAAAGGGUGGAGGCCUAGAUGGUUUGUUUUACAGGAUGGAGUGUUGAGUUACUACAAGAUCCAUGGUCCUGACAAGAUUGUGAUCAAUCAGGAGACUGAGAAGGGAUCGAGAGUGAUUGGAGAAGAGUGGAUUAAACGGGUUUCGCGGCAUCACCGGCACCAUCAUCAAAAGUAUGGUGGCAAUGGUGGCUCCUCUUCGAAAAGCCGGAAGCCCUUUGGCGAAGUCCAUCUAAAGGUUUCAACUAUUCAAGAAAGCCACUCUGAUGAUAAGAGAUUCUCCAUUUUUACUGGAACAAAGAGGCUGCAUCUGAGAGCAGAGAGUAGAGAGGACCGAAUGGCAUGGAUGGAAGCAUUGCAGGCAGUUAAGGAUAUCUUCCCGAGAAUGUCCAACAGUGAGUUGAUGGCUCCAUUGGACUACGUAGCUGUCUCAACAGAAAAGUUGAGGCAGCGUUUGUUGGAGGAAAAUGUGAACGAGGCUGCCAUUCAGGACAUCGAGCAGAUCAUGAAGGACGAGUUUGCAUCUCUGCAGAAUCAAUUGACGUUGUUGAAGCAGAAGCAUUGGCUCCUCAUGGAGUCACUCCGACAGUUAGAGACUGAAAAGGUGGAUCUGGAGAAUACAGUUGUUGAUGAGAGCCAAAGACAAUUUAAAGAAGUUGGGUCAUCCACUGGAUCAAUGCUAGACAAAUCAAGCGCAAGUACAAGUGAAUCUGAAGACGAUAAUGAAAGAGUUGAUGCACCAGAGGAAGAUACAGAUGAAGAAGACAAUACUUUCUUUGACACCAGGGAUUUUCUUUCGUCAAGCUCUUUUAAAAGCACUGGUUCGGACCUUAGGACAUCAUCAUUUUCAUCAGACGACGAUGAUCUUUAUGCUUUUGAAGUUGAUGACUGUAACGAGCGCGCCAUUGUAUCUGCUGGAACUAACUUCCCUCGUGUGAAGCGUCGGAAGAAAUUGCCAGACCCAGUUGAGAAAGAGAAAGGAGUGAGUUUAUGGUCAAUGAUCAAAGAUAAUAUUGGGAAGGACCUCACGAAAGUGUGUCUUCCUGUCUACUUCAAUGAGCCUCUCUCUUCUCUUCAAAAGUGUUUUGAAGAUUUGGAAUAUUCAUAUCUGAUCGAUCGAGCUUAUGAAUGGGGAAAGAUGGGUAACAGCCUGAUGAGGAUCCUAAAUGUAGCUGCAUUUGCAGUAUCUGGAUAUGCUUCAACUGAAGGAAGAAUUUGCAAACCAUUUAAUCCUUUGUUAGGGGAGACUUAUGAAGCUGAUUAUCCCGAUAAAGGCCUUCGAUUUUUCUCUGAGAAGGUGAGUCAUCACCCAAUGAUUCUAGCAUGCCAUUGCGAAGGAACAGGCUGGAGAUUUUAUGGCGAUAGCAAUUUAAAAAGCAAAUUUUGGGGGCGGUCUAUCCAGCUUGAUCCAGUUGGUAUUUUAACAAUUGAAUUUGAUGAUGGAGAAGUUUUCCAGUGGAAUAAGGUGACAACAUCUAUAUACAAUCUGAUUCUUGGGAAACUAUAUUGCGAUCACCAUGGUUCAAUGCGGAUACAAGGAAACGGUAAUUACUCGUGUAAUCUAAAAUUCAAGGAGCGGUCUAUCAUGGACAGGAAUCCUCAUCAGGUAAAAGGAACAGUCCAGGAUAAGUCUGGAAAGACGGUAGCAACUUUAUUUGGGAAAUGGGAUGAGAGCAUGCAUUAUGUCAAUGGUGACUGCUCGUCUAAAGGGAAAGCUGAAUCUUUGUCAGAAGCUCAAUUGCUCUGGAAACGUAGCAAGCCUCCUAAAUUCCCUACGCGAUAUAAUUUGACACGCUUUGCCAUCACACUGAAUGAGCUUACUCCAGAGCUAAAGGAAAUGCUUCCCCCAACAGAUUCGAGACUGAGACCUGACCAGAGGUACCUGGAAAAUGGGGAAUAUGAAAUGGCAAACGCUGAGAAGUUGAGACUAGAGCAGCGGCAGCGGCAGGCUCACAAGAUGCAAGAGAGAGGUUGGAAGCCACAGUGGUUUGCAAAGGACCAAAAGACUGAUACUUUUCGCUGUAUUGGCGGACAUUGGACUAAGAAAAUAUGGAAGGACGAACGAGAUUAG